AUGGCCGACAAGCUCCGUACUCUGCAGCAACUCGAGUCCCUCCAGGCCAAAUAUGUAGGCACCGGCCACGCAGACACCACUACCUAUGAAUGGAAGAACAACAUCAUUCGGGACUCGUAUGCGUCGUACAUCGGCCAUCCUCCACUGCUCGCAUACAUGGCGCUAGGAAUGGGCGAGAAUAAAGAGAUUGUUCGAGGUCAAUUCAUCGAGAAAAUGAUCCGCGCGAGUGGUCCUCCACCAGCGAAAGACGAGGAUUGA